UUCGUGCGUUGUGUAGACGUAUCUUUAUUUUUUCGCUGUUAGGUUAACGUUUCUUAAUUAAUAAAAUAAAUAAUGUUGGGAAAAAUAAAAACGAAGCAGGAGAAAAGCGGCGAGAUUGUUGCAUAUAGCGAGACGGCUGUUGCAAACAAUGCCGCAGUUGUAGAAUAUUGUAAGAUCUCAAUGGCAGCUUUAUCGGGUGGCACAGCAGGACUGCUAGGAUUGACUGUAUUAUAUGGAUUUGUGUUUUACGUCUUUGCGGUUUUCGGGCUAUGGGCGAUGCUAUUGAUGAAGGCUGGAGGCCAGUGGAGGAAAUAUUUUAUUAGCAGGCGACAUCUCUUGACCAGUGGAUUCUUUGGGGGACUUUGCACAUAUGUAUUAUUCUGGACAUUUUUAUAUGGAAUGGUUCAUGUCUAUUGAAAAGAAAAAGAGUGGAUGGCUUACAACAAUUGUGACACUUCACGUAAUUAUUUAAAUAAACAAGGUUGCAU